AUGAACACGAAAGUUACAGGAACCAUCAUUGAUAAUAUCGCCUUCCAUAAAACAUUCAAUGAGAUACUUCCCAAAAAUAAUGAUGAAUUAGAAACUGCCAUUGAGGGGACUUUCACAUGGGAAAUUGAGGAUUGGUUCGCUUUAUCAGAAAAUAAAUAUUCAUCUCCAAGGGUGAAAAUAGGUGAUUUCGAGUGGGAUAUAUUGCUAUUCCCACAGGGGAACCAUAAUAAAGGACUGGCAGUAUAUGUUGAACCACAUCCAAAGCAGAUUCAGAAUGAAGAAACAGGCGAACUGGAAAAUGCCGACGCUGAUUGGUAUUGUUGUGCUCAAUUCGCUGUAGUUUUAUCUAAACCUGGAGAGGAUACAGCCAUCAAUUUAGUUAACCGAUCCCAUCAUAGAUUUAACUCUGUUGAUACAGAUUGGGGGUUCGCUAAUUUACUAGAUUUAAAUCAUUUGAAGUAUCCAUCAAGAAAUUCCAAAUCAGGGUAUCUCAAAGACGGUAAGUUACAUAUAUCGGCAUAUGUGAGAAUAUUAAAAGAUACUACUGGCGUUCUAUGGCAUAAUUUCAUGAAUUACGACUCUAAAAAAGUUACUGGUUAUGUUGGAUUCAGAAAUCAAGGUGCCACCUGUUAUUUGAAUUCUCUUUUGCAAUCUUAUUUCUUCACUAAAUACUUCAGAAAAUUGGUCUAUAAAAUUCCAACAGAAAGUGAAACCCCUAAUAGUAGCGUUCCAUUAGCACUGCAACGCGCAUUCUACCAGCUACAAGUCUCUCAGAUUCCAUUGGAUACUUUAGAAUUAACAAGAUCAUUUGGAUGGGAUAGUGCAGAAGCUUUCACCCAACAUGAUGUUCAAGAGUUGAAUCGUAUCUUAAUGGAUAGAUUAGAAAACAGAAUGCUAGGAACACCAGUGGAAGGAAAAUUGAGUGAAUUAUUUGUUGGGAAAAUGAAAAGUUACAUCAAAUGUGUUAAUGUUGAAUAUGAAUCAUCUAGAGUGGAGGAUUUUUGGGAUUUGCAAUUGAAUGUGAAAAACUUGAAAUGUCUAAAAGAUUCUUUCGAAAAUUAUAUUGAAAUAGAACUUAUGAACGGUGAAAACCAAUAUGCUGCACAGGAUUUUGGUUUACAAGAUGCUGAAAAAGGUGUGAUAUUUGAAUCGUUCCCACCAAUUUUACAUCUACAAUUGAAAAGAUUCGAGUACGAUUUCAAUUUCGAUCAAUUAAUCAAAAUCAACGAUAGGUAUGAGUUUCCUGAAUCUUUUGAUACCUCGCCGUACAUGGAAAAAAAGGAGGAUGGAUCAAAUAACGAACCUUGUAUAUAUAACUUACAUGGUGUCCUUGUCCACACUGGUGACAUAUCUACUGGGCAUUAUUAUGCAAUGAUUAAACCAGACUUAGAAGAUCAAUGGUAUCGAUUUGAUGACGAAAAAGUUUGGAAAGUUACCAAAAAGCAAGUUUUUGAAGAAAAUUUUGGAUUAGAUAGAAGGUCUGAAGACGAUCUUAAGUGUAUGACAAGAGAACAAUAUGAAGAUUAUUUAAUUACGCGUCAUACAAGUGCAUACAUGUUGGUUUAUAUCAGAAAAGACAAAGAAGAAGAACUAUUACAACCAGUCACAGAGCUAGACGUCCCAGCACAUGUUGUCACCAGAGUUAAGAAAGAUCUGCAAGAAAAGGAAGCACAAGAGAAAGAGAUUAGGGAAGCACAUUUGUUCUUAAAGAUAAAUAUUCAUUCCAUUUCAAGUUUUAUUAGCUACGAAGGCUUUGAUAUGACCUCAGUCAAUAGUAUAACGGGUCCACUCAAUGAAGAUUUGAAUGAUGGUAAAGAACAACCUAUACUAUUGAAGAUUACAAGGAAGACUACUUUAGCUGACUUUUUCAAGAAGGUAAAGGUGGCAUUAGAGAUACCUCUAAGCAGAGAAGUAAGACUUUGGAGACUAGAUUAUAGAAGGAAUAGUACAUUGCGUGUAUCUGAUCCUAUUCCAACAGAAGCAUUCGAUAAACCGCUAGAUGAGCUUCUCUUGGUAGGUGACGAAGCACAACAAACGCCUUUGAAUAUCUUCGCUGAAGAGCCGUAUCUAGAGCUACAUUACCUCCAUUCGUUACAAAAACAGAAACUGUUACCGUUCCAAAUAUUGAAUGGCGAACUAAUUAAUUUCAUGCGGACACAAUUAGAGACGAUAGUACCAACUGAACAAAUACCAACACCGUCUAAAGACAAGGAGGACAUGGAUUCCCAUAUUUUGCUAUUUAUUAAAAAGUUUGACGCCUCAACCCAACGUAUCUCAGGCUUUGGCCACUGCAUAAUAAACCAAAUAGACUACCUCAGCUCGUUAAGCCAGUUACUAUCAGAUAUUUUUGAUGUCGGGUCAGCGAUCCCAUUAACUGAGGAAAUACAUCCUGAUUCAAUCGAUGCCGUGGUGUUAGAAUCCAAGGCGUACGAUUGUAGUCUCAUAACAGGUGAUAUACUUUGCUUCCAACUUCCAGGUUCGAAGUCACCUGGUAUUUUCCCUGAUUAUCAAACUGUUCAAGAUUUUUAUGGAUAUUUGAGGCAUAGAAUUAAAUUAAAAUUUACCAAAAGCUUGCAAAAGAGCGAGGAAUAUGUGAUAGAGAACUCAGAAGAAAAAUCGUUUGAGUUUUGGAUAGAUGCAUAUACACCCUAUGAUAAUUUGAUUAAAGUUAUAUCAAAUUACCUAGAAGUUGAUCCUGAGUACUUGAAAAUAUUUGUCAUAUAUGGCAAUGAAAGAUACGCGUUGAAAUCCAAAUCCUCCUUAAAUGAAUACUUAACAAAAGACUAUAACUGCAAAUCAAUCCCACCUUUUGAAUAUGAAAUCCUUUCGAUACCUUUAAAAGAUCUAGAACGUUUAAGACCAAUUAAAUUCUAUUGGUUGAAGAACAGUUACAUUCAUUAUCAAAGUUUCGAAUUCGAAGUUUCUAAUGAUCUGACGAUAAAGAAAUUUUUAGAUAAAAUCCAAAAUAAAAUUGGAUUCACUGAUCAAGAAAAGGAUAAUAUUUUAAUCUGGACCAACUCAAAUUUCCAGUUUAAAACCAUCUUGACUGAGACGCAAACAUUCUAUGAGAUAUCAAGGGGCUCCUUUUUAUUUGGGAGAGUUCUUCCGGACGAAGUCAAGCUUUUCAAAGAGUUAAAUUCUGAUGUGGAAAUGGAUAGUUAUGAACAUCCUGCAGAGAGGGCUUUUGAGACGCGCCGUUUUGAAAUAGCAACCAAUACCGAUAAAAGUAAUCCCAUGGGUAAAAUUGAUGGUAAAUUAGUUGUCGUGACACAAUACUUUAAGGAAAUAGAUAAUAAACAUGGGAUUUCCUUUAUAUUCAACUUAAUCCCUGCUGAAUCAUUUCUGAAAACCAGAGAACGACUUCAUAUAAAGUUUGGACUAGGCCAAAAAGAAUUUUCAAAAAUCAAGUUAGGCAUUUCUUUCACAACUGCUAAUGGUACAGAAUUUAAAUCCUUGGAAAUGUUUAAUGAUACAGACCUAGAAAAGCUCGUUCUUUACAACGUUAUGAAUAAUUUAGACUGCAUUUACCUGGAUCAUCCUGACAGGCUGCGCUCUCACAACGUUUAUGAUAGACCAAUGGUAAUUAAGAACUAA